AGACGAAGGAGAUACAAUGGAAAAGGAUGAAGAAGAAAUGAGAAAUAGAAGUGGAGUAGGAGAAGGAACCAAGGUGUAAUAUUCAGACAUCGGGUGGAUGCAGUAGUGGCUGUAGAGACCUUCCUUGAUGAAAGCUGCAUCACAAUAUGCGACAAAAUUCCCGGAUACUCGCCAUGGGUGAGGCGAGACAGACAAGGAAGGCAGGGAGGUGGUAUAGCUGUGUGUCACCGCGACGGGAUGCAGGUUGAUGUUUUGCCAGUUGACAUCCCGCUGUUAUGGAGAUCGUCUUUCUCCGCGUCAUCCUCGCAGAUGAGAGCGGUCUGCUACUGUGUGCAGCAUACAGACCACAGUGGCAAGGAAACGCUCCCCUAAACUACCUCUCUGAGCACCUCGAUGACAUCAUGGCUGCCCAUAACUGCCAACAUGUAGUUAUUGUAGGGGACCUCAACCAACACUUGGUGAUGAGAGCCUUCACAGACCUCACUGUAGUGCAGGGUCUCCACAACCAUGUCAACUUCCCAACACACCAGCGUGGAGGCUCCCUGGAUCCUGUGCUCUCUGAUCUGCCAGAGGCUUGUGUGAUGUGCCGCCCACUGGACCGUGUGGGUAGCUCUGAUCACUAUGCAGUGUUGUCCUCCAUCAAUCUCUCCGCUGCUAGAGAGGAGGAACAACAGCGAGUCAUCUGGUUAUGGGAGCGUGCUGACUGGGAGGCUAUGAAGCGGUCUCUGUCAGCGACUGAUUGGCACACCGUACUGACUGGAGACCCACACCACGAUACCAUCGCCUUUACCACCGUCCUUCUCUCCCUACAACAACAAUUUGUGACACACAGGGUGUACACAACAAACCCUAAGGACCAACAAUGGUUUGGCUACCAAUGUAGAGUCGCUGCUGACAAUAAAUAUAGAGCGUGGCAACACUACAAGCGACAUCCCACGCAGGUCAAUAAAGCCCGGCACAGAAGAGCGUGCAAGAUAAUGGUAAAGACAGCAAAGUGGGCCAAGGCCAGAUGGGAGACGGAUAUCAAGAAAAACUCUCCUCUAACCAGGUUGAUGCUAAGCAAUGGUGGAACCUGGUGAAGGAGAGACAAGGCAUCUCCCAUCAAGUGCGAAUCCCAGCCCUUACCAAACCUAACGGAGACCUGGCUGUCACCAGUCGUGAAAAGGCUGAUCUCCUUGCCGCAGAGUUCAGCCGGAAAAUGACAACUGGUGACCCCAACAGGCAGCCACCUGCCCUCCCCGUCUUGGUACCUCAUCCCUUCAGAAUGUUGUCAUUACUGAAGAUGAUGUAGGAAGACUCCUGAGAGGAGUGAACACCAGGAAGGCACCAGGCCCUGACGGAUUAAGCCCACAUAUACUUAAAAACUGUGCGACUGAACUAACAACCCCCCUCGCACUCAUCUUCCGGCAGUGCCUGCAGACCGGGAGUGGCCAUCACUUUGGAAGGAGGCGAGAAUUACACCAGUGCACAAGAAGAGGUCAAGAGCAGAGCCAGGAAAUUACCGACCCAUCUCCCUCCUCUCAGUGGUGAGCAAGAUCUUUGAGAGGAUAAUUGGUGAGCAGAUCAACAAAUACCUUGAGGAGAAUCACCUUCUAUCUCCGAAGCAAUUUGGAUUUAGAAAAGGCCGUUCAACCUCUGAUCUCCUCCUCUUGCUCUCCAAAUCCUGGCAUGAUGCCCUUGAUGCCGGACGCCCCUCCCUGGUGAUCGCCUUAGACAUUGCCGGUGCUUUUGACUCUGUGUGGCAUCAUGCGCUGACUACUAAACUCCAGCAGCUGGGCAUCACCGGGGACCUGCUACAACUGUUCACCAGCUACCUCACGGGACGGAGCCUCCGCGUAGUGGUGAACGGCAGCACCUCGUCCUCCUUUCCAGUGGAGGCUUCUGUACCCCAAGGUUCAGUACUCGGCCCAAUACUAUGGAACAUAUAUUUCAACGAUCUACUGCAGAGUUCUCCCGAAGCGGCUGCUUAUGCAGAUGACUGCACCCUCUCCUGGGCUUAC